AUGGCUCAAAUCAAGAGAGUAUGUAGGACUAAAAAGGUUCUCAUGGUUCUUGAUGAUCUAGACAAGAAAGAGCAACUCCAAAAGCUAGCCGGAAAAUCUGAUUGGUUUGGUUUGGGUAGCAGGAUCAUUAUCACAACUAGGGACGAAAGUAUCUUGAUGACUCAAGUGGAAUCAUUCGGUGAAGUGGUCCUAAAUCAACCUAAAGGAAUUUUGGCUUAUGAAGUUUAUGAAAUGGAAUUUGGUCGAGCACUUCUGUUGUUUAGUGAGCACGCAUUCAGAAGAGACGAUCCCAUAGGAGAAUAUGAGCAUCUUGCAGAGAAAAUUGUCCGUAGAGUGGGAAUGCUUCCUUUGGCUGUCGUGGAGAUAGGUUCAAGUCUUCGUUCCAGUCAAAAAAUUGUAGAAUGGGAAGAUAGGUUGAUGCAGUUAAAUAAAGGUCCUUUGAAGGUUGUCUGCGAUGCAUUUUAUGAAGGAUUAGCAUAUGAGGAAAAAGAAGUAUUUUUGGAUAUUGCUUGCUUUUUCACCAACGAGGACCAAACUUAUUCAUAUAUCAUGUGGGAUGAUUAUCAGAGUGCAAUUAGUGUCCUCCUCCAAUAG